AUGUCAGUUCUCAUGAUUCUCUGCGAUUGCUUGAAACUGCUGUUUUGGGUACUGCACCAGACCCUGGAGUACCCAGGAGUAUCAGAACUUGAUAAACCAGGCGUGAACCGACAUCUUCUGGUUGGUUUCCAGAAGGAAACGCAAAACCCAGCAGCGGAUGAUUAUGGGGAAGGAGAAUAUAUGUCGUAA